GCGCAGAGCGGCCGGGCGGGGGGAGCUUUGCCUGAGGGGUCGCGGCGGACGGAGGUUUUCUACGCCCAGGAGACGCUGCGGGCGGAGGCCGCGGAGGUAUAUAGAGCUCCAUGAAUAACUUAAAUGAUCCCCCAAACUGGAAUAUCCGGCCUAAUUCCAGGGCUGAUGGGAGUGAUGGAAGCAGAUGGAAUUAUGCCCUGUUGGUUCCGAUGCUGGGAUUGGCUGCUUUUCGUUGGAUUUGGUCUAGGGAGUCCCAAAAAGAAAUAGAAAAAGAGAAAGAAGCAUAUCAUCAGAGAACAGCUGCUUUCCAACGGGAUCUUGAAGCCAAGUAUCAUGCCAUGAUCUCAGAAAACCGCCGCACUGUCGCUCAGUUGUCUUUGGAACUUGAAAAGGAACAAAACAGAACAACUAGUUAUCGAGAAGCCCUUAUCUCUCAGGGGCGUAAAUUGGUAGAAGAAAAGAAGCUUCUGGAACAGGAACGGGCUCAGGUAAUGAAAGAAAAGAGACAGUUGCAGCCCUUGAGGAGUGCAUACCUGAGCUACCUGGAAAAGGAGGACGACUGGCAAAAGAGGGCUAGGCUUCUGCUGAAAGAGUUUGAAGAUGCUCUUACAGAAAGACAGAGUAUCUACUGCAGUCUGAUUCUCCCUCGCAACAGGCGACUGGAAAUAGAGAAGAGCUUACUGGUUCGAGCAUCCAGUGACCCAGUCGCUGCUGAUCUAGAGAUGGUAGCUGGUUUAACUGACAUAUUUAAACAUGAUACGUAUUGUGGUGAUGUCUGGAAUACCAACAGACGCCAAAACGGGAGACUCAUGUGGUUAUACCUAAAAUAUUGGGAACUAAUUGUUGAACUGAAAAAGUUUAAGAGAGUAGAGAAAGCCAUAUUGGAAAAGUAAACAAUGAAAUAGAACUUCUUUUAUUGACUCAAGGCCAGGCUGUCAUUUUGGCCUUCUGGAGUAUCCAGUGUGUUCUCCAUUUCUUCCACCAGUGCUGCGUGUGCUGUGGCUGUACAUAACCACCACUGAGCAGAGUGUUCUCCCAUCUCACCUCCAGCUGGGGAUUGGCUGUGUGCUCUUCCUUCUAAGCUGAGGUGCUGUAGGCCUCCAGGAGACAAAGGGUUUCCUUCCUGAGGCUCUUUAGCUAUUAAGGCUACAGAUUCUCUGAAUCAUGUUUAUUGUAGGUGUUGUAUUUAUUUUGCAGAACAGUAUAACCUCAUGUUUUAGCUCUAGGAUAAAAAUUGUUUUAUAAAAAAGGUCAAAUACAAUGUUGGUCUCACCACAAGUAAUUUUUUGCCUGUUUUUUUAUCACAACCUAAAUAUAUUCCGUUUUCCCCUUGAAUUAUUUUUGUCUAGCCCAAAAUUACACUUAGAAGUUACCAGGUUAUGGAUAAAACAGGCUAACAGAUGAUAAUAGUAAGUCAUAAUAUUAUAUUAUCAAGGAUUUAUAUUUUGAAGUGCUCUCCUACCCCACCAAAGUAAAAAAAAAAAAAAAAAAACAGCAAGUGCUUUUUGUAU